CCCGAGCCCGCCCUCUCUCUCAACUUCGUGACACGACAGCUGGCAAAAGACACCCAGAAUCAUUCGAAUCGAAUCAUCAUCUGCUUCGCUCAUCGACGAAAAGACGACCAAGAAAGAGGGAUGUCGACGACGAUGAUACUAUCCUUUCCCUUCCUCGCACACAACUGUACACAACAACACUGUCACAAAACAAAACAAGACAAAAGUAAGAUCAGAAGAUGGCAAUUAUCAGAUAUCCCCUACCGAGGCUGAACGAGGCUCUGGUAGCCGAAAUCCUUUCCUUCUCGGAUACCCCCGACCUCAUUCAUGUUCUUGAAACCCAGGAUAAAUCCCUGAUCCAGGCGGCUCAGAUUGCUCUAUCAAAUGCAACUGCACUCCACUUUAGCUAUCUGUUGCAAAUGGAUCGGUGUCGCAAUCAUGGAAGCUCGGCCAAGAAAAAUACUCGCAAAGAUCAAGAAUCUUGCAUUCGACAACUGAUGGAUGUGAUACUAUCACAGGCAGAUUUAAAAGGAAGAACCAAGCUGCAACGAAUUGAAUUCUCGGGUAUGCGCCAUGUGGUGGGAAACCAGGGUGAUUGGCUAAAACAAAUCUUUCAAGGGCCACAGCUCUCCCAUACUUUGAUCAGCAUUGAUUUUUCAGGUUGUGCGUUGCUCGAUCCAACAAUGCUCCAGAGAGCUCUUAUGCCUCCACCUAUGCAUUCGUCAGCAGAUACCUCAGUCAAUAAAUCUUCCGAUCAAGUUUCGGCCAUUCGACAUCUCACAUUUCAAGGAUGCUACAGAAUUGAUGAAGCCAUUGUGUUGGCAAUUGCCCGGUCCCCACGGUUCCGAAACCUUCAGACACUCGGGUUGGGUGGCUGUUCCCAAUCCAUCAGCGAUCAAUGUGUCUCUACCAUUAUCAAAAAUCUACGACAACUACGCUAUCUCGAUCUCUCCGGGCUGAAGCGAAUCACAGAACAAGCUACCACGUGGCUACUCUUGGCAGCCACCACAUUGGAAAGUUUGGAACUCGCUGGAUGUGAGCUGCUGCGCUUUAAUCUUCUCGCCCGCUGGACUCGAUCCGCUUUUGGAGGAAUGAAUGAUCCAACGCAAAUAUCUCCCAAUCUGUGGACGGAACAAUGCUUUCCAGAAGGAUACCCUGAGGAAGCCAAGCCAGCAUUACCGCAAUUGGCACGCAUCAACUUUAAUGGGAUUGGAACUCCACGUCGCGGCCUAGUCGUUGGAGCUCUCCCGUAUUUUGCCUGUCGUUCCAUGGGAGCCUUGCGAGAGGUUUACCUAUCCGGUUGCGAGCAUAUUCGAGAUUGGGAAGUCCAAGUCUUGGCGGUCGUCUGUGCCAAUUCCUUGACAUGUCUCGAGAUGCGGGCGUGUUGCAUUGGGGACGACGCCGUGAAAGCAGUCGGACGAUAUUGUACCAAUCUUGCCGAUGUCGACUUUUCGGCAUGCUUUCAGAUAUCUGAUCAUGGCAUCCUUGCCUUGUGCCAACAUCAGGGGACUUGGGAAAACGUUUAUCCAGGCAGCGGACAGAACACACUUCAAAGGACAGCGAAGAAGGGCAACGCUCCAUGUACUAUACGGUCUUUGAAGAUUGCUGCUCUUCCCCAAUUGACAAAAUAUUCUAUCGUGGCCAUAGGUGCCCUUGAUUCAUUGAUUGUGCUCGAUGUCAACAACUGCCCCAAGAUUAGCUCAGAUGUCCUGGCUGAGACUGUCAAAUGGCUGCCAUCCCUGGUGGAAGUCGACGCCAAAGGAAUUGGAAAAUGGAGCUCAUCUGUGGCGGCAUUGUACUCCUACGAGACUGAUGAACCCAGACACCUUCGGUUUGUCAACGGAAGACCAUUCAGCAAAAAAUCAAAGACCAGUCAUGGAAGAACGGAUCAGGAGUGCAGCUUCGAUUGUUGCAUUGUGAAACAACACUCGAAGCGCUUCAGUCAGGGACAGGGUGUUCCUCUUCAAGCAAUGUAUCACUGCAUCGACUGCAAGCUGAUCCCUGCACUGAAUCGAGGGAUCUGUCAUGCCUGCCUGGUUCACUGCCACCGCGACCACAAAACCUUUGUUGGGUCCUACACACGGUUUUAUUGCGAUUGCCCAUUCGGAGUCGCGGGUUCUCAGUCUACGUGCCAAUCAAUAUCUUGCGACAAAACUAGAAUCACGGAAGAUGGUUCCAAGGCAAUGGUGGUACUGGACUAGUCAAUUAAUAAAUGCGGCAAAGGGGGCUUGUCUCUUGACCGGCUACCCCUCAGUGUCCGCCAGGAUAUCACGAAAUUUUGAAGGCAGCUGGUCAUGAAGUCGCGCUGGGAGAGGCACCUUACCUCCGUGCUUUCCAAUCUUGAGAGACUCUUUGUACGCCUUGGCAUAUGCUCGGUAGUCCUUAUCCUCGAGGAAGUUGGAGGACUCUUUUGCUUCUUGUGCAAUCUUGAUGGCCUUAUUGUAAAGCUUACCAAUGACCUGUGCCACUUUCAGAGACGCUUCAGCAUCGACCAUACGCUCUUGUGCGCUUGACAGCCAAUCACGCUGAUAUGGGAAGGCUUUCUUGCUGUCAUUAUAUGGCACGUCGACCAUGGGCUUCACCGUGACUUGCUCGAUGAUAGGUUUAUGCCAGCAGAUGAAGUAGAGGUCGCCAUCUAGAUCACCAUCAGCGAUCAGGACAGGCAUUGGAGUCAUACCUGGCUUGGGAUUGGAAAAGAUGAUUGCACCAAACGGGAGCUCUUGCAGCAUUUCCCAGUUUUCUGCUGACAUCUGGUCUGGUUUUGAAGUGACGACAGGGACCAAUCUGCCAUCUGAUGUUUCAAUACAAGGCGACCGAGUAACAAAAAUUUCACCUGUGUGGUCCAAACCGGGAAUGAAGACAGUGCCAUGGGGCAGUUCGGACGUUGGGUCUGCAAGCCCAACUACAAAUCCAUGGUUUUGCUCUUCUACUUUUCUGCAUCGCUUGGUGUACUCGAGGAGAGUUUCCUUGGGAACGCCCAAUCCAGUCCAAAGCCGGUGGAACAUUUCGGAGAUCUUCUUCUUUCCUUGCUGGUCUUUGAAAGUUUUGCAGGCGCCAUCUCCUUGCAAAACCUUGCCCAAUUGCCGGUUGGUGUUGUUGGGGUGGACACCAUUCCGGUUGAUAAUAAGAAGCGCUUUCUCUUCAGGGUCACUCGACCUCGAAGGACCUACCACAAUCAUUGAUGAAGGAAUCUGGAUGGCGGGUUCGCCUGGUGUCAUAAGCUUGGUGACCAGCAUGCCUUUGAACAUACCAAGGGCAGAGAAACCUCUCACUUGAAUGGCAUAUGUGCGCUUUGCGGCUACCCCGUUGCCAAGGAACUCUUCCAAUAAGUCUCUGGAGAUGAAACCACAACCUUCGUUGCCGUUUUCUUCAAUCUCACCAAAGGUACUCUGCUUUAGGACAAAGAUGCUGUGGGUCUUUCCAUCUUGGCGUUUUGCCGUACAUUUGUAUGCAGGGCUCACAAGCAGCUCCAACCUGGGACAAACCUUUGCCGGAUUGAGGCCGCCGAAGUCGGCGAUUCUCUCGAGCUCCUCUUGAAGCGCGAUCGGCUGCAAACCCGGACCUUCCACUUGGCAGUAAUACAGAUGAAUGCACUGCAAUGCAGGCGCACCAGCAGGAGCUACUCUGUCCCCAUCGCUUUGGAUUUUAGAAACGAUCAGCUCGAAUUUUGACCCGUCUUUUUCAACUAUCUUCGGAGGGGAUUCAGUAAGCACCGGCAGCUCUUCUUUGUCCAAAGGAAUCUCGCAGAUAAGCAUUCUACCUUGCAACCAAUGAGACAGCAGGUUUGCUUCUUCAGGGUUCGAUUUGAGUUUAAGUUUAAACACUCGCCACGCUCCAAAGCUGUCGCCACCUUUUUCGCUGUUCGCGAUACGCCAAUCUUCAUUUAUCAAUGCCGAAGCUGCAGGAUUAGUAGUUUUCGACCUUGCCCUCGAGGUUCCGCUGGUUCGUCCAGUUGACGUCUCCCUUUUGGUGCCGCUGGGUUUCUCUGACGAUGUUCCGUUUGCCUGGCUCUGUGUCGGGAUUGGGUCUGCUUGUACGCCAAGACCGUCCAAGGAUGUCUUGGCUAACCACGGAUUCUCGCCAGUUCCAUCAAGCAAUACUUUAAUCCUGGUUUUUAUCUCCAUGACAGUGCCGCUUUGGCCCUCAUAUUUUCCCUUGACGAUGUUGACCCUUUCGUAGAUCUGGAUCUGGAAUGUGCAAGACUCUGGAGGAUUCGGCGCCGUCUUGUUUGGUUUCUGCUGUGCGCCCUGAUCUACGUGGUCUGGAAAUGUUUUCCCGUUGAACUCCAGAGACGAUCGGUUGAGCCAGUGCUCUUCGCCACUGAUGAGGAGCUUGAUACGCUUCCUAAUGUCAAUGAUCUUCGCUUGUUUGGAACUUUUAUACUUCCCCUUCACGAUGUCCACAAGCACGGUUUCUCCUUUCUUGAACAAUUCCUCUGGA